AUGGGGCCACCGCCCGGGGCCGGGGUCUCCUACCGCGGUAGCUGCGGCUUUUCCCGGUUGCUGGCGUGGUGCUUCCUGCUGGCCCUGAGUCCGCAAGCCCCCGGCUCCCGGGGAGCCGAAGCUGUGUGGACCGCGUAUCUCAACGUGUCCUGGCGGGUUCCGCACACCGGAGUGAACCGCACCGUGUGGGAGCUGAGCGAGGAGGGCGUGUACGGCCAGGAUUCGCCGCUCCUGCCCGUGGCUGGGGUCCUGGUACCGCCCGACGGGCCAGGGGCGCUCAAUGCCUGUAACCCGCACACGAAUUUCACGGUGCCCACGGUCCCGGGGGACUGGGGACGCACCGUUCAAGUCUCUUGGUUGGCCCUCAUCCAGCGCGGAGGGGGCUGCACCUUCGCAGACAAGAUCCAUCUGGCUUAUGAGAGAGGGGCGUCGGGAGCCGUCAUCUUUAACUUCCCAGGGACCCGCAAUGAGGUCAUCCCCAUGUCUCACCCGGGUGCAGGAGACAUUGUUGCCAUCAUGAUUGGCAAUCUGAAAGGCACAAAAAUUCUGCAAUCAAUUCAAAGAGGCAUACAAGUAACAAUGGUCAUCGAAGUAGGGAAAAAACAUGGCCCUUGGGUGAAUCACUAUUCAAUUUUCCUUGUUUCUGUGUCCUUUUUUAUUAUUACGGCAGCAACUGUGGGCUAUUUUAUCUUUUAUUCUGCUAGAAGAUUACGGAAUGCAAGAGCUCAAAACAGAAAGCAGAGACAAUUAAAGGCAGAUGCUAAAAAAGCUAUUGGAAGGCUUCAACUACGCACACUGAAACAAGGGGACAAGGAAAUUGGUCCUGAUGGAGAUAGUUGUGCUGUGUGUAUUGAAUUGUAUAAACCAAAUGAUUUAGUGCGCAUCUUAACCUGCAACCAUAUUUUCCAUAAGACAUGUGUUGAUCCAUGGCUGUUAGAACAUAGGACUUGCCCCAUGUGCAAAUGUGAUAUACUCAAAGCUUUGGGAAUUGAGGUGGAUAUUGAAGAUGGAUCCGUGUCUUUACAAGUCCCUGUAUCCAAUGAAGCAUCUAAUAGUGCCUCGCCUCAUGAAGAGGAUAAUCGCAGUGAGACUGCAUCAUCUGGAUAUGCUUCAGUUCAGGGAGCAGAUGAACCACCUUUGGAGGAACAUGUGCAGUCAGCAAAUGAAAACCUACAGCUGGUAAACCAUGAAGCAAGUUCUGUGGCAGUGGAUGUUGUUCCUCAUGUUGACAACCCAACCUUUGAAGAAGAUGAAACUCCUGAUCAAGAGACUGCUGUUCGAGAAAUUAAAUCAUAAAAUCUGUGUCAAUAGGAAACUUGAACCUUUAGUAAUAACAGAACUGCCAAUCGGGGCCUAGUUUGCUAUUAAUGAACUGGAUAAAUUUAAUAAAGUAAGAAUGAUAUUGAAAGUGCUGAGAUGACUAAUAUUAUGCUAUAAUUAAGUAGCUUAAAAUAUUUAACCUAUUAACUUUUUUUCAUAAACUCAUUAUAAUGUUUUUCAUAGGCUAGUUUCCUCCCAAUAGUGAUAGCAAGAUUUUUAAACAUUCAAAACUCUCUUCAAGUAGUCAUGUUUUUCAUUUAUAACAGUUUUCUUAUAAAAACAUGUUGAUUUAAAAUGUGAAGUAGCUAUAAUUAUUUUAUUUUAUGAUGUUAUAUUAAUUAAAAAUCUACUACUUUAGCUUGGGCUAUAUGUGUCAGGGUUUUUCUCCAGGUGCUUAUAUUAAUCUGGAAUUGUAUUGUAAAAAGCAAUGCAAACUUAGGCUAAUACUUUAUGAAAUGUCUAAUUAAUCUACAUUAAGUUGAUAGAACAAGAUUAAAUCAAAACAAUUAUUUUAACUAUUCUUGUUUUUUUAAAUUAAGCUAAAUGUAUUUCAUGUAAGUGUCGAGUAUAGUUUAUCAGAGAAUAUGGACUGGACUGGAUUAGUUGGUAUAUUAGUGACACUAAUUUGGCACAAAAUUGUAGACAAAAAGUUUCCUUAUAAAACUGCUAUAUAACUAUUUCUCAGACUUUACUAAUGGAAUUUUCAAAUGCAGAGUAUAUAAAUUAUCAUACUAAUUAAAAAUGACAAGUCACACAAAAAUCGGUAAUUGAUCUUUGUAUAUGAAUUAGUCUAUAGAAAUAGUCUGCAGAAGAUGUUUUCCAAAUAAUGUUGACUUUAAAAAUUGAGUUUACAUUUUACUUAAAUGGGCUAAAAUUACAAUUAGGUAAACUAAAAUUCUAUCCAUAUAGCUAUAAAUUUUGUGAAUGCAAUUUCUUGCUGUUUGAAAAAGAAUUGAGGGAGGGGAGAGAAUUCCAGGUGCCUUAAUAUAGUGUUAGAAGCUUCAUCCACCAAAGUUAAAUAGAGAUAUUUAAAAAAUGCACUUUAUUUGUAUUUUGUGGCUUAUCUGUGGUUUUAGAAUUUUGUUUCCAGUGCAGAUUCCAGCAAAAUUUAGGCAAAAGCAGAACAGACAUGUAUUUUUUUUUUGUUUGCUAAAUGUAGAACAGAUGAAACCAUUGCAUUCUUGUACACUGAUUUGAAAUGCUGUAAAUAUGUCCUGAUUUUUAUUGAUUCUCUUUAAAUAUAAAAUGUAAAUAAAAUAUUCC